AAACACAUAUAUUCUUCUGCCACUCUUUGAACUUCAACUUUCGAUAUCAUGGCAAACCCAUCACCACCCUUUGCCACUGCCAUCAUCGAACCUCAGUACAUUGCCCCUGGUCGAAAUCACGUUGAUCUGAUCAUCACGAAGGAGAGAACUAGAGGUGAUAAUUUCACUGUCACAGACAUCAAGGGGAACAUCAUUUUCACUGUUAAGAGUUCUCGCGUAACCAUAGUAACACCCCGCCAACACCUUUUCUUAUUUGACGCUUACGGAAACCCAAUUGUCCAUCUUCGAAGAGCGCUACUGGCAGCAAAUGAUAGCUGGGAAGCAUUUAGAGGCAAAAGCACAGAACCCAGGGAUCUUAUCUUUAUUCGGAAGCGAUCCUCAUUGUUCCAGCUAAGGACCAAAUUAAAUGUGUUCUUGGCAAACAAUACCACUGAAGUUUGUGACUUCAAGGUCAAAGCAACUUGGUUUGGACAUUCUUGGGAUGUUUACAUCGGUGAUUCUGACACUGUUGUUGCCCAGAUAAAUAAGAAGCUUGGUACAAUAUUUAGCAGAGAAAAGUACCUUGUGACCGUCUCCCCGAACAUCGAUUAUGCAUUGGUUGUAGCGCUAAUAGUAACUCUUGAAACUUGA